AUGAGCUCACUAAACUACUCCUCCCCUGCUAAAGAAGAGGAGGUCUGCUGUAUGGAGAAAGAAGCCCUGGCGCUGAACAUUGUCGUGAAAGUAGAAGAAGAAGAGAGGAGGAGACAGCAGAUCAGAUUAACACCAGUGAGUAUUGUCUUAAAAACAGGGGCACAAACUAUGCAGUUCUUGAACUAAUGUGUGGUUUUAAAGGGGCAUUCUACUGAAGUUAUAUACUUCAAUAUGUUGUUCAGUACUGUAGGAAUUGUUUAAGGGGCAAUCUGCCGUUGGUACAUCUAUUUUUGGGACUUUUAAAUUGAAUUCUCCAUGUGGUCUACAUUAAAGUGCACCUCAUCUAAUGUAACUGGCUAUUAAAAUUCAAUAUUGGUGCUUAAUUUCUACUUAAAAUAUCAAAGGGCACCCAUUUAGAGAACGACCCUUUUACAUUUGCAUCACAAACAAUAUUUUAUAAAAUCAUGUUGAACGUGGCCAUUUUAGGCCCUGCUUAGAUAUAUUAAUGCCUCUUUUAAGACUCUAUGAUUGUAAUAGAUCAUAAGUUUACCAUCUGUUUGAUGUUCUCGUUCACACAGGAGAGAGACAUGACUAUCAUGGAUCCUCUGGCGAGCCUCAACAACAUCCUGAUACUGACGAGGCAGAGAAGAGUCUCUCCAGAUCAGAACACCAGAUGGUACAGCUUGGUCUGGUCUAGCAUACGUCUUGCUCUGUCGGGGUCUGGGCUGGGUUUCUGUAAAGUACCAUAUGACAACAGUGACAUCAGCAUCCAUAAUGAUAUGUGUCUGUGUCCCCUCUAUAUGGUUACCAGGACAACGCUAGCCCUUCCUCCCUCCCAGAGUCCCCGUGUCGUACCUCUCCCAGUAGCACCUUACUGCUGGGUCUGAAGAGGUUGUCUGUGCGGCUGGUGGACUGCAGGAAAACAACGGGGCUGAGUGGAACUGUGAGAGGAGGAGAAGAGAAGAAAGGAGCAGAUUUUACUAAUCAAAGUAAGUGCUGCAGACAUUCAGUAAUCUUGCUCUGAUUUGUCAUCCUGAGGUCCCAGAGAUAAAAUGUAGCAUAGUUUUGUUUGAUAAAAUCCAAUUUUAUAUCCUAAUACGAUCCAUGUUGUAUACAGCGUUUUGCAUGAAUUCCAACUCUUUCAACUUGCAACAAAACAAUUUUAUUAAAUCUAAUUGGCAAAACGUUGUUUAACCCGGUCAAGUUCGGUUUCUGUGCAAUCCUCAGACACUCUAGAAGGCAACCAAACUUGUUUCAGCAUUCUACAUUACGUAUUUGCUACACAACAUGUCAAUUAGCCCAUGAAGGUCAGCCAUCAUUACUCACCAAUGAGACGAGCAGUGUUCACUUGAUUGACAGUGUCUUGGUCCAAUGACCUCCUAUCGUUUUGAAACCUAGCCAGAUAGCCAAUGAGCUGGGCUUUCCAGCAGUAUGUGAACACCCUUUGUACGACAAACAGCCAUCAAUCUAGAGCUGUGCGCAGCAGUGUUCGUUCUCUGGUGAAAGGAAACAGGAAGCACGGUAGUUUAUGUUACGCAGCGGUUCAUUCUCUGGUGAAAGGAAACAGGAAGCACGGUAGUUUACGUUACCCAGCGGUUCAUUCUCUGGUGAAAGGAAACAGGAAGCACGGUAGUUUACGUUACGCAGCGAUUCGUUCUAUUCUUCAAAUAUUUCUCAAAACUGAAAAAGUAAAACAUGGCUACUAAGAGUGGAAAAGCUAAAUCGAUGUCCAAGUAUACAAAUGUUGACGAAUUUUGUUUGCAGAAAUUGACUGGGAGAGUGACACAGAACGAAUGGAUGAGGACUCUGAGGGAGCACAGUUUAGAUUCCAGCGGGAGAGUGACACAGAACGAAUGGAUGAGGACUUGUUGAGUGAGCACAGUUUUGACUGGGAGAGUGACACAGAACAAAUAGAUGAGGACUCUGUAAGUGAGCACAGUUUUGAUUCCAGCGCAGAAGAAACAUUUUUGGAAGGAAAAGAUCCACGUUUAGAUCAGUAAGUAAAAUACGUUUUUGCUUCUCAUGCUAAUGCAGUUGUUUAAAUGGUUGCAUAUUCAUUUGAGAUAUUUUUAUUUGAUUUUAUAUAUAUAUAUAUAUAUACACACACACACACAGUGGGGGGAAAAAAGUUUUUGAUCCCCUGCUGAUUUUGUACGUUUGCCCACUGACAAAGACAUGAUCAGUCUAUAAUUUUAAUGGUAAGUUUAUUUGAACAGUGAGAGACAGAAUAACAACAAAAAAAUCCAGAAAAACGCAUGUCAAAAAUGUUAUAAAUUGAUUUGCAUUUUAAUGAGGGAAAUACAGUGGGGGAAAAAAGUAUUUAGUCAGCCACCAAUUGUGCAAGUUAUCCCACUUAAAAAGAUGAGAGAGGCCUGUAAUUUUCAUCAUAGGUACACGUCAACUUUGACAGACAAAUUGAGAAAAGAAAAUCCAGAAAAUCACAUUGUAGGAUUUUUAAUGAAUUUAUUUGCAAAUUAUGGUGGAAAAUAAGUAUUUGGUCAAUAACAAAAGUUUCUCAAUACUUUGUUAUAUACCCUUUGUUGGCAAUGACACAGGUCAAACAUUUUCUGUAAGUCUUCACAAGGUUUUCACACACUGUUGCUGGUAUUUGGGCCCAUUCCUCCAUGCAGAUCUCCUCUAGAGCAGUGAUGUUUUGGGGCUGUCGCUGGGCAACACGGACUUUCAACUCCCUCCAAAGAUUUUCUAUGGGGUUGAGAUCUGGAGACUGGCUAGGUCACUCCAGGACCUUGAAAUGCUUCUUACGAAGCCACUCCUUCGUUGCCCGGGCGGUGUGUUUGGGAUCAUUGUCAUGCUGAAAGACCCAGCCACGUUUCAUCUUCAAUGCCCUUGCUGAUGGAAGGAGGUUUUCACUCAAAAUCUCACGAUACAUGGCCCCAUUCAUUCUUUCCUUUACACGGAUCAGUCGUCCUGGUCCCUUUGCAGAAAAACAGCCCCAAAGCAUGAUGUUUCCACCCCCAUGCUACACAGUAGGUAUGGUGUUCUUUGGAUGCAACUCAGCAUUCUUUGUCCUCCAAACACGACGAGUUGAGUUUUUACCAGAAAGUUCUAUUUUGGUUUCAUCUGACCAUAUGACAUUCUCCCAAUCCUCUUCUGGAUCAUCCAAAUACACUCUAGCAAACUUCAGACGGGCCUGGACAUGUACUGGCUUAAGCAGGGGGACACAUCUGGCACUGCAGGAUUUGAGUCCCUGGCGGCGUAGUGUGUUACUGAUGGUAGGCUUUGUUAAUUUGGUCCCAGCUCUCUGCAGGUCAUUCACUAGGUCCCCCCGUGUGGUUCUGGGAUUUUUGCUCACCGUUCUUGUGAUCAUUUUGACCCCACGGGGUGAGAUCUUGCGUGGAGCCCCAGAUCGAGGGAGAUUAUCAGUGGUCUUGUAUGUCUUCCAUUUCCUAAUAAUUGCUCCCACAGUUGAUUUCUUCAAACCAAGCUGCUUACCUAUUGCAGAUUCAAUCUUCCCAGCCUGGUGCAGGUCUACAAUUUUGUUUCUGGUGUCCUUUGACAGCUCUUUGGUCUUGGCCAUAGUGGAGUUUGGAGUGUGACUGUUUGAGGUUGUGGACAGGUGUCUUUUAUACUGAUAACAAGUUCAAACAGGUGCCAUUAAUACAGGUAACGAGUGGAGGACAGAGGAGCCUCUUAAAGAAGAAGUUACAGGUCUGUGAGAGCCAGAAAUCUUGCUUGUUUGUAGGUGACCAAAUACUUAUUUUCCAGCAUAAUUUGCAAAUAAAUUCAUUAAAAAUCCUACAAUGUGAUUUUCUGGAAUUUUUUUCUCUCAAUUUGUCUGUCAUAGUUGACGUGUACCUAUGAUGAAAAUUACAGGCCUCUCUCAUCUUUUUAAGUGGGAGAACUUGCACAAUUGGUGGCUGACUAAAUACUUUUUUUCCCCACUGUGUGUGUGUGUGUGUGUGUGUGUGUAUGUGUAUAUAUAUAUAUAUAUAUAUAGACCUGAGGCAUACAAUGUAUUAGCAUAGCCUAUGUGUAUCUUCUGUUGGCUAUGACAUUCUGUGGUUUUUGAGUGUCUUAUUGCCUAUUGGUCCACAUAUUUUGUUAUAUUGAUUGUGUUCCCCAUCUUCUAUAUGAUAUAUGUUUAUAGAUAUGUGUUGUGUAUUUGAUGUAUUGAUGCAGGGCUCAUCCGUAAAAGUAUUAAUUCAGAGCUCCUACUAAAAUAAAGGUUAGAUAAAAUAAGUAAUAGUAAACUUGAAAUCUAACUGAAUUUUUUUUAAAUCCUCAAUAGUUGGAGAGACUCUGACUCAGAUGACCUCUGGGAGCCAACUCCAAAGAGACCACUUUCAAGUCCUCCAUCCCCCACUCAUUCAAACGUAGGAACUGAAUCCUCCAGUCUGACCCCUGCUGCUGUCUCUGGCUCCACACCCACCACCGCCCGGCCAUCUACAGGUGUGAAAAGGCCAGCCCAGAAGCGGAUGAGGGCCAGUGCACCAGCUGCAACUACCACAGAGGGAGAGGAACGUUGGCACACUGUGCUAGAGGAUGAUGUGGAGCCACUUCCACCAACAUUUCGACCUAAAAGGCAGCCAGGACCUCAGCUGGACAUGACUGGGAAGUACAGCCCCCUUCAUCUUUUCCAGAUGUUUUUCUCCUUGUCCGUUCUUGAUUCGCUGGUGUCUAACACCAACACGUAUGGGGCUAAGAAGCAAGCAGGGAAGAAAGAGGCAUGGAAGCCCAUUUCCAUCCAAGACCUCUACUGUUACAUCUCACUGGUCAUUUACAUGGGGCUUGUGAAGUUGAAAAACGUGAAGGACUACUGGAGAAGCUCAAGACUCCACCAACUGCCUUUCCCCACCUCUGUCAUGUCUUGUACCAGGUUUCUGACUAUCUGGCGGGCGCUUCAUAUCAGUGACCCACAAGCUGACGACGACAAUGAGAAGAAGAGGGGCACAGCGAGCUUUGACAGGCUCUGCAAAAUCAAACCUCUGUACUCCAGCAUUGUUGAGGCCUGCAAGACCCAUUUUCACCCCGCCCAGAACCUGUCCAUAGAUGAGAGGAUGGUAGCCUCAAAGGAUAUAAUUAACCUCAAACAACAUAUGCGAAACAAGCCAACAAAAUGUGCUUACAAACUGUUUGUUUUGGCCGAUUCUGUGUGUGCCUACACUUGGAAUUGUUUUGUUUACGAGGGGAAAUCCGUCUCGGCCACCGGUAAGGGACUUAGUUAUGAUUCCGUUAUGGAAUUAUUGGAUUUUCCACUGCUGGGGACAGGCUACAAACUGUUUGUGGACAACUUUUACACAAGCCCUACCCUGUUUACAGACCUGAGGAAACUGAAUGUAUGGUCUUGUGGCGCCAUUGGUCCCAACAGAGUGGGUUUUCCCAAAACAAAAGUAAACGACAUGCCUAAGAGGGCUGGUAGGGGUGCCAUGCGAUGGAUUCGUAAAGAUGACCUGCUCUUUGUAAAGUGGAUGGAUACCAGAGAGGUGGUCAUGUGCUCCAGUAUCCACAAAUCGUACAGUGGCGAUCACGUCAGCAGGCGCGUGAAGGACGCUAAUGGGGCAUGGAUCAAGAAAAAUGUCCCCGUUCCAGCUGCUGUAAAGGAUUACAACAAGAGCAUGGGAGGUGUGGACCUGUCAGACACGCUGAUAGGCUACAACAACGUUCUACACAAGAAAAUGAAAUGGUACAAGACAUUGUUCUAUCACUUCAUCGACAUUGCUGUGGUGAAUGCAUUCAUCCUCCAGAAGGAAAUGGCUAAGAGCUGCGGACAGACCCCCAUAACACAGCUGGCCUUCAGAGAGCUGCUCGUCCAGGAGCUUGCUGACUACGGCACAAAGUCCACCGCGGCGGCACCUUCUGUCCCCUCUGCUCCUGCCACCGGUGGUGUUCACCUGCCGAAAUACAGAAGUGCAGACCUGAAUGUGCCUCAGGGCCAAAAGAGCACAGCGGGGAGGCGUCGUUGUAUUCUGUGCCACAGGAAAUCUCCCAUCACCUGCACAACUUGUGCCGUUACCCUCUGCUUCACAGCGGAAAGAGACUGCUAUGGGACUUGGCAUCAGGAGCUCAGUCUUGUGUAG